AUGAUGACACUUGAAGAUAUUAAUUUAUUAAAAUCACGAAUUGUUUCAAAUGAAAAUUUGGAAAUCAUGGAAGAUGCAAUAAGAGUAUUUAGAAGUAAUGCUGAAGUUGAUGCAUAUAAUACAAAAGUAUUGGCCAGUCUUAAUACCGAAGGUGCAAUCGCUAAUGCUUAUGAUUUUUGUAUUGGUGAUGGACUUGCAUCAAUAAGAGAAAAAGUUUUAAACAACGUAAAGAAUCUGAAAACAACUGAAACUUACGGUUUACCACUUAAAAUUGAUUUGAAAGUGGGUGCGAAGUAUAUGAUGACAGUGAAUAUUGACACUGAAGAUGGAUUAGUAAAUGGCGCCUGUGGAAAAUUGAUAAUGAUUGAUUAUGGAAAGCUUCAAAAGACAAACGAGACAGUACCAUGUCGGCUAUGGAUUAAAUUUAAUGAGGAGGAAACUGGAAGAAAAGCUAGAGCCAACUUUCACAAUGUAAUGCGAAAUAGAAAUAUUGAUCCCAGUCUCACACCAAUUGAACCAGUAACACGGCAAAUAAAUACAAGGUCAACAAAUUUCAAAGUAGAACGUAAACAGUUUCCUGUAGUUCCUUGUGAAGCAAUGACGAUAUAUAAAAGUCAAGGUGGCACUUAUGAAAAAGUCGUUGUUAAUCUAAAGAAAGGAAUGACACGAUCUGAAUUAUAUGUCUCUUGUAGUCGUGCAACAAAAUCAAGUGGUUUAUAUUUAAUUGGCGACUUCGUUCCACCAAAACCACCUGAACGUAAUGAUGCAGUGGCGACGAUGUUCAAAAGCAUGAGAUCCGAACGAAUGCUGAAAUUUUCACUUGAAUUUCCUGAAGAAUCUCAAGGUGAAAGAUUUUUCGUGAUGUUUCAUAAUGUACAAUCAUUGAAUAAACAUAUUUUGGAUAUCAGAUCUGACAAAACAUUUUUGUGUGCAUCUAUGAUAAGUCUUGUUGAAACUUGGACAAAACCUACUGAUUCUUUGGAAAUUGAAGGUUUUAAAGUAAUUCACAGACGUGAUUGUAAUGAUACACGAAAACCAUUCGGUCAAAUCACUUACUUAAAAAAUGAUUUGAACCUCACAAGUUUCCAUAAACCAAUAUGGAUAAGAAAAUAUGGAAUUUUGACUGAAGUUCAUGUUGAUGAAAUUAAACAAAUUCGUACAGAUAUACCUUUUAAUCUGGAAGAUCUUAAAAUUUAUGAUCAGUCUGAUAUGAUGGUAGUUGACGAAGAAUUCUCUUUCGGUCGUUAUGAAAUAGUUGAUGAAAACGAACAAAUCGAUAUAGAUACGACUUAUAAUCUUGAAGACCUUCACGCCAGUGAUCAAUCUGAUAUGAUGGAAAUCGAUGAACAAUCUUCUUUCGAAAAUUAUGAAAUCAUUGAUUCAACCUCAAGAAAGAUUCUUGACCACUUUCUUCUUGUACUUGAUUUUAAUAAUACUACAGACACUGAUCAAAUUUCAAGUCAAGCACAAAUAAUCAAUGACUUAAUUGAAAAAUCACCAUUUAUAACUGUGCAUAAUAAAGACCAAUCCGUUCUAUGGAAAAAAAGUGAAGAUAAUUGA